AUGUAAUAAUUAUUUGAUUUAAAGAUUACUAAAUUAGUCACUUUACAAGUUCAAGACAAACCUAAUUAGACGAGGAAACAUUUCAAUCAAAACCGUAUGUCACUCUGGAAUAGUUUUCAUGAUAUAUGGACUCCAAGUGGAAGACAAUUUAAUUUCUAACCAUUUGAAUAAUAAUUCACUUAGGUGCAAUCUACUCGAAAGAGCAGUUCACUCUCAAGAUAGAAGUCUCAGAUUUAACAGAGCAUAGAGAACAAACAAAAAAUCUUAGAGGAAGCAUACCUGCCUAAGAAGGUUCGAACUGUCACCACUCAAGUUUAAAUUAAAGAAGCUCCUCAGAUAAAGAGUCUGUCCAUGUUGAAUUAUAAAAGAAGCGAAUCUCGCAGCCAAACAUCAAGAACACAAUCGGCAACUCCCAUGAUGAGAAGAUCCAAAAAACACCAAAAACCUAUUGAAGUUAAAGAUACUAUAGGAUUGCAAAUAGAAAAAUGCCUUUUGUACGAUCGUUAUCCAAAGGAGAAAAUAAAACUAGACUAUACGCCAUUACCACAACGUAGAUAGAAAUCAAAUGUUGAAUCAUCACGUUGCCCGUAUAAUAAGUUCGAAUACAAGCAUUCGAUCACUCUAGCCAAAUGGGAUUAAAGCGAAAAAUCAGACGAAUUAUUUUGA